AUGGCUCUUGCACUUGUAACAACCACCUCCCCAAAUACUCGUCCAUCUGGUUAUCAUGUGUUCUUGAGUUUCAGGGGUGAAGAAACCCGCAAGACUUUUACGGACCACCUCUACACAGCCUUCAUCAGUUCAGGCUUUCGUACGUUUCGAGACGAAGAUGAACUUCCAAAGGGACAAGACAUCAAGCCAGAAAUUCGGAAAGCCAUCGAGCUGUCACGAAGCUCUGUUAUUGUGUUUUCAAAAGACUAUGCGUCUUCCCAGUGGUGCCUUGACGAGCUUGUGAUGAUCAUGGAACGCAAGAGGACCGCCGAUCACAUAGUUUUACCUGUCUUCUACGAUGUCGAUCCAUCGCAAGUGAGGAAGCAGACAGGAGAUCUUGCAAAAGCACUUGCUAGACACGAAAGAAUCCAAUCCUUGAAGAGCAAGGUGAAGCGAUGGAGGGAAGCACUUGCAGAAGUUGCCGAUCUAGCAGGAAUGGUCUUGCAAAAUGAAGCUGACGGGCACGAGUCUAAGUUUAUCGAGAAAAUUGUAAGGGUAAUGGAAGAUAAACUUAGGCGCAUUCCCUUAAGUGUUGAACCGCACCUAAUUGGGAUAGAUUCUCAAACCAGAGACAUCAAUUUAUGGUUAAGAGAUGGAUCAGCUGAUGUUGACAUACUUUUACUUCAUGGAAUGCGUGGAAUAGGAAAAUCAACCAUAGCGAAAUUUGUUUAUAACUCAAACUUCCAAAGAUUUGAGAGAUGCAGUUACCUUGAAAAUAUCAGAGAAGCUGCAGAACAACCGAAUGGCUUGCUUCGGCUACAAAAACAACUUCUUAAUGAUAUUUUGAGCGGAAGUAAAGUGAAAAUACACAAUAUUAGUGAAGGGAUAGCUAAGAUUGAAGAUGCCAUUAGCUCAAGAAGAGUUUUUCUUGUUCUUGAUGAUGUGGAUCAUGUGGACCAACUUGCUGCAUUACUGAGAAUGAAAAAUCGGUUUCAUCCAGGAAGUAAGAUCAUCAUAACAAGUAGCUGCGCCGGAUUGUUGGAAGCUCACUGCCAAUUUGCUAAGGUGCAUAUGGUUAGGAUUCUGGAUGAGGAUGAAGCAUUAGCGCUCUUUAGUUGGCAUGCUUUUGGACAGGACCAUCCCAUUGAAGGUUAUACUGAUCAUUCGAAAAGGGUAAUAGAUCAUUGUGGACGACUUCCACUAGCACUUAAAGUUUUAGGUGCUUCUUUAUCAGGAAAGAAUCUUGUUGUCUGGGAAAGCGCAUUGAACAAACUGGAAGUUAUUCCAAAUGGUGAAAUAAUGAAGAAACUCAAAAUAAGCUAUGAAUCGAUACAAGAUGAUCAUGACAAAGCUUUAUUCCUUCAUAUUGCAUGCUUCUUUAUUGGAAUGGAGAAAGCUGUCGUUCUCACCAUACUGGAUGCUUGUGAUUUCUUCACAGAGGUUGGCAUUGAAAAUAUCAUUGAUAGAUGUUUAGUAACUAUUGACAAAGAUUCUAAGUCGGUGCAAAUGCAUGACAUGAUUCGUGACAUGGGAAGGGAAAUUGUCCGCCUAGAAUCAAAGGAGCCAGAAAAACGUACUAGGGUUUGGCAUCAUAUGGAUUCGUUUCAAGUAUUGUCCCAAAAUAUUGGCACCCAGACAAUUGAAGGACUUGUUCUCAACAUGCAAAUGCACCCUGCUUCGAGAAAUUCAAGUAAGGUAGUAAUGGAAACCAAUGCGUUUACAAGGAUGCACAAUCUAAGACUCCUCCAGCUCAGUGAUGUGCAGCUCAGUGGACGCUACGGUGAAUUACCUGCAGGACUAAGAUGGUUUUCUUGGAGUAAAUUUCCUUUAGCUUCCUUACCCUCUGAUUUUCCGUUGGAGAGACUUGUUGCUCUUGAAAUGUGUUAUAGCAGUUUGAGACAACUUUGGAGGGGAAUAAAGGUAUGUAACUCAACCUAAACUUUUUUCCUGUUUGGUAAAUUAUUUACAAGUGAUUUAUAACUUUUGGAGUUCUUAUUUCCUUUACCUAUUAUCUCUCUGCAGUAUCUCCCAUCACUUAAAAUAUUAAAUCUCAGCCACUCUCAUGAGUUUACUGAAAUCCCUGAUUUUUCCUGUAUCCCUAAUCUAGACAGACUCAUUCUUGAAGAUUGUACA